AUGAGCGCAAGUGCCUCUUCCUCGUCUCCUAAACCGGAGGGGGUUUUCUCCCUCUUGGAUACGGACUUGUACAAGAUUACGAUGCAAUGUGCUGUCCUGAAAUACUUUCCCCAAGUUACCUAUGGCUAUACGAACCGGACUCCCGAUAUGAAGAUGUCGCGGGCAGCAUACAAGUGGUUGCUAGAGCAAAUGGACCGCCUAGAAAACAUUACAGUCAAACCCGAAGAGAUCGACUUUCUCCGAAAGUCGUGCCCCUACCUUAACGACGCAUAUCUCCAGUACCUCGAGCGCUUUCGCCUACGUCCCACGGAUCAAAUACAAAUCAAAUUCACCCCGAUAAAUGAUAGCGGCAGCGACGAUGACCUGGGCAACCUUGAAUACCUGGUCAAGGGUCUAUGGGUGGAAACCAUCCUGUACGAAAUCCCGCUGCUGGCGCUGACCAGCGAGGCAUACUUUAAAUUCUGUGACCGAGACUGGGAUCACGAUGGACAGGAAGAGAAUGCGUAUAAAAAGGGUAUCACGUUGUUGGAGAACGGCUGCGUAUUUUCAGAAUUUGGGUCUCGACGGAGGCGCGAUUACCAUACGCAUGACCUGGUGAUGAAAGGGCUAUGCCGCGCGGCUUCUGAUGCAAACAGCGCCAAGGGCAAGUUUACCGGUACUAGUAAUGUGCAUUUUGCCAUGAAGUACGGGGUGAGCCCGGUGGGCACUGUCGCUCAUGAAUGGUACAUGGGAAUUGCGGCGUUUACGAACGACUAUGAAAAUGCGAAUGAACUGGGGCUGCGGUACUGGCUUGGUUGUUUUGGCGAAGGGGUCCUGGGCAUCGCUCUCACCGACACAUUUGGCACCCCGGCCUUCCUUGAUGCUUUCAGUCGCCCAAUCCCAGACUUCACCACGCCCGAAGUUGGUGCCAGCACCGUGUUUCCGUCAAGUGCAGCAACGACAGUGGGCUCAACGCCAGAAAGCCUGUCCAAUACCACACCCCCGAUCGAAGCACCAGCAAUAUCCUCAGGAAAAGUGAUUGGCAAGCACAAGAUAUACGCACAGGUCUUCCAGGGCAUCCGGCAGGACUCUGGCGACCCGAGCAACUUUGUCAAAAUGGCACGCGAGUUUUAUGACAAGCAUGGCAUCACGGACAAAAAAGUGAUUGUCUUUUCGGAUGCCCUCAAGGUUGAUACUUGUCUGCGGUACAAGGCCAUUGCCGAGGACGCUGGGUUCCUGGCUACUUUUGGAGUUGGCACCUUUUUCACAAAUGAUUUUAAUAAGAAAUCUGACGGCAAAAAAUCCAUCCCUCUCAACAUCGUCAUCAAAAUCGCCUCUGCCGGCGGCCGUCCCGCAGUCAAACUCAGCGAUAAUCUGGGCAAGAACACUGGCGACAAGGCUCUUGUGCAAGAGGUCAAGAAACGGCUUGGAUAUGUCGAACGCGAAUGGGAGGAAGGAAAUGAGACGUCUCGGUGGGGGAAGAAGGGCGACUAA